UCUACCCAUAUCACAUCAACGUGGCCCCUGCCGGCCGGAUGUCAGACUAAUUGAGAAUCUCACGUGAACAAAAUGGCUGACCGGGAGCCUCCGCCUCUUUUUGACGACGACGAUCAAGAUGAAAUCCAAAUCGACGACAAACCGGUGGAUAAACCUGACACGAAGACAGCUCCUGCAGAAGAGGAAGACGAUGAUCUGUUUGCAGGGGGAGGAACUGAAGUUUCACUGGAUGAUGACAAUCUGAAGGAGGCGGAGCCUGCUGAGGCCCCUCCUCCCAAGUCCGAACCUCCCAAAUCGGAGCCACCUAAGGAAGAUGCGCCUGCCGAGUUGGAGACGGAGCCAACAUCGCCCGUGGCAACAGCACCCUCUGUGUCGGAGACAGUCACUCCGAAGAGUGUUGCCAAAUCCAGGGUCACAGACGAGCAGGACGAGGUGAAUGAGAAAAAGGAAGCAGAGGUAGAAGAAGAAGAGGAGGAAGAGACUGAUACCUUUGACAUGGAGAUCAUGAUUACAGAGCCCAUCAAAAAAGGGGAAGGAAUGAGUGCCUACAUGGCGUACAAAGUGUCUACCAAGACAAGCAACCCAGCCUUCAAGAAACCUGAGACGACGGUGUUCCGGCGGUUCAGUGACUUUCUGGGCUUGCAUCAAAAACUUGUGGACAACCAUACGGUGAAGGGCUUCAUUGUACCACCAGCACCGGAGAAGAGUGUAGUAGGAAUGACCAAGGUGAAGAUGUCCAAAGGUCAGGAGGAGCCCAACUCCAUGGACUUUGUGGAGAAGCGCCGAGCAGCCAUGGAGCGAUACCUCAACCGGACGGCUGCCCAUCCCCAGCUCCAAAAAGACCCAAGCUUCAUCGAGUUCCUGGAGAAAGAUGAGCUUCCCAAGGCAACCAGUACCUCGGCCAUGAGUGGGGCGGCCGUGAAGCGGGCCUUCUCUGGCAUUGUGGACUCGGCUAAGAAGAUGACGUCAAAGUUACACGAGUCUGAUCAGUGGUUUGAGGAGAAACAUCAGCAGAUUGACAAUUUGGAUUUACAGCUGAAGAAGCUUCACAUCAGUGUGGAGAGCAUGGUUGGACACAGGAGAGAUCUUGGAGGUGCUACAGCCAUCUUUGCCAAGAGUGCAGCCAUGUUGGGCAACUCGGAGGAGCACACCGCCCUCUCGAGGGCCCUAUCACAACUUGCCGAAACUGAGGAGAAGAUCGACCAGAUUCACGUGGAGCAGGCCAACACGGACUUCUACGUCUUGUCGGAGUUGCUGAAAGAUUACAUUGGACUUAUAGGUGCUGUCAGGGAGGCAUUCCGCGAACGAGAGAAGAAAUUUGGCCUGUGGCAGUCAGCGCAGGCCACGUUGGCCAAGAAGAGAGAGCAGGAGGCUAAACUGAAGGUCAGCGGCAAGCCCGACAAGCUAGCUCAAUGCCAGGAAGAAAUCAAAGACUGGGAGGACAAAGAGGCCAAAGGUCAGAAGGACUUUGAAAAAAUCUCCAAGACCAUCCGCAAAGAAUACGGCCGAUUUGAGAUGAAUCGUGUGCGAGACUUCCGCUCAGUUAUUAUCAAGUAUUUGGAGGCAUUAAUGAACCACCAACAACAGGUCAUUCAGUGUUGGGAGGGAUUUCUUCCGGAGGCCAAGGCCAUAGCCUAAACCCCCCCCAUAAAAUUGAGCCACUGCACCAAUCUGCCUGGUGUCAUCGUUGCAGUCACCAUCUCUUCACCUGCAGCCUAGCCGCGUCCAGAGACCACUUAUCAAGGCAGUAACAUUCCAGACACAUCAUGCAGGUGUAAGACAUGCUUCAGGAGAAAAUGCCCAAGUCAAGUUUAUCUUUCCCAAGAUCAAAAAUGAGAACUAACAGUCAGUUCAAGUAGUAGAAAUUCUGCAAUGAUGUACACGCACAGAAAACUGCUAACGUGUCUUCUGCAACUUUUCUUUUUUUUAAAUCCCAGAUUCCCUGAAUCUAGCCAAAUUCCAAUUCCCAGCACUACUGAAUUCUGAGAGAUUAAACACUGUUGGGUGUUAGAUUGUCAAGAUGUGUUGGCACAGGCAAACCGAGCCCACACUUAUAUUGAUCAAUCUUCAGAACUAGUGCAACAUGCAUGAUCUGGGAUUUUGACAGAUUCAAGAAAAGACCUUGGUUUUAAAAAGUCUUGGGAGUUAGGGUUAUAUUCUCUAUUGUCUCAGUGUCCUUGUGAGUUGUCUUGUGUAACCAUUGAAUACACAUGUGUUUGGUAUUAGUUUUUUUUUACCGUUAUCAUUCCCCAUUUGGUCGCAUGUCAGUCUUUCUUAACACCAAUUUUCCAUUUCGCAUAUGGAUUUAUUAUGUUUUUACAUCUGCUCUCUCAGAGAUAAAUCUUCACAAAUUUAAUGUUUUUAUAUUUUUGUUCACUCCAAAUUUGCAAAUUCACUUUGGCUGUUUAUCUCCAUGUUUGUAUGUUAUCUAGUCAAGACUUGGUAUGUAACCUAACCAAGAAAGAAAAGAAUUUUUGGUUACAAGUCACGGUUAGUAUACAUGUUGCGGCAAUUACCUAAAAAUAUAUCAUUUCAAAUGCAGUUGAAAUGAAAAGAUUGCCGGGUGUUUUAGUGCGUAGGGUAGAGGACAGAGGAUCAAUAGGUGCAGCGUAGGUUGUUAGCACAAGAACGUUGGAAGGUUCCAUACAGUUGCUGAUCUUAAGGAUGGACAUUUAUUUGAAGACCUGCUUGGGAAAAAAAAUCACUGUGCUUGCUUCCUGUACAUUUGCUGAAUUAGAAUGAAUAAAAAACUUUAUCAGUUCAUUUGCAAAAUAGUAUCAUUAAAAAUUCCUGCAUUGUAGGCGUAUGACUAUCUCUGGGUCAGUCAUAAAUUUCUUUUAAAUUCCAUUCAUGAGGAUUUAUUGGAUUUAAAAAAAGCCUCACACCUUGGGUAAAAAUGAUACCAUGAAAGGAUGUGUAAAUGAUUAUUUUGAUGACAAAAAAGACGAGUGUGUAGCUGAGAUAUAUAUGAGUAUAAGUUACCCAUUAGAUGUAGCGAGUUAUAACAAUUAUGUAGCCAUGGUCUGGCGCCUUUAAUUUAGCAUCAGCUUGUCUUGCACUGAAGAUUAGAGAUAAAUCUGUUAUUUUUUUUCAGCAAUCUUUUGUAAACCAGUUUACUUAAAGCAUUACAUGUAUCACUAUUCUUUUUCUGGGCCAGCUUUAAAAUUCAAUUUUUCAGAGUCUUAUGUCAACUUCAGGCUUGCACUGUAAAGUUUAGCUUUUUUCCCUUGCUGCAUUAUAGCAUUUGUUUGCCAUAACGUGUGCUUUUCUUUAUUGAAAGGUGUGCGAAAAAACUGAUGGGCAUUGUUCAAAUUAAAAUACUUCAGAAAUUUGAACAUUGGUUCAUAACAGGACCUACCAAUCUAUUCAAGCAGAAAGUAUCAGAAAAAUUCAUUUCCCAAACAGCUGUUAAAAUUACAACAUGGCAACAUUUCAAUUCAAACAAACAUUACUAAUCUUUAAUAAAAGCUACACAUGGCUUUGUAGACAUGAAAACAGACUCCAGAGCCCUGGGGUCUAAUGAACAAUUUAUUUACAAAACUGUGUAAACAACACCUUCGUAUGUCUUUUAAGGAGUCUUAUAGUCUUGAUUCAAGCCACCUGUGGGGCACACAUUUAUGUUCUGUAUUGUUAGUGGAAUGUAAUAAUAAUGUUAUCUUGAAUCAAGACUAGAACUGUGCUUGACAUAUGACAAGCUUUUACUAAUAUUAAAGAAUAAGUAUACCUACUGCUCAUUUCUGCCACACAUGAACAUAGGUUGUUGGAUGGAAACAUGGCCGCCGACAGCAGAUGUUUCUUCUCCAUAAAUGCCAAAGGAAGAUUUCUUGUUUUCUUGGAGUUUAAUACGAUGACGCUUCACAGUGCGGAAAUGUUACAAUGAUACAAUGUGAACUGUGCCUUUUAAGUUGGCUUUAUUCUAAUUGCAUUCAUAUUUGAACCUACUUUGGAGCAAGUGUGAAACUGACCAUCCAAACCGCUGGUCUGUAGUAAUGUCUUGGCUUGCUUCCUAACCAUCUCGUUGAAGAUUCUUACGACUAGAACUUUAGACCACUAACGCAAACCAAAUGCAGUGAAUGUGUUCGUAAUGUUAUUCUUCCACAAGAAUGGUGGUGAUGUUAUGCUAAUAAAACCAUUUCAAUAUGGACAAUUAAAGUUUUCCUUUUUUUUACUGGAGCUACAAAUGUUUCAAAGACCUCUUUUUCAAAGUCUGUUGUUUUUUUGGGGUGGGGAUUUAAUCCCGAGUUAUCUCAAACUUAUCUCAAACUUGACAUGGGAAAAUAUUCGUCAUCAGUAGGUAAUUUGAAGAGUGUGUUUACAUAAUUCCAUUUACAUUAUACAGUGUACCCUUACAUUGUAUGUAAAGAUAUUAUGUGUCAACUGUGUUAAUAAAGAAAACUCUAUCAUAAUGGAAUAUUUGCUAAUAAACACAGAGCUGACGACGUAUGCUAUCUUAAAA